CGACCUCAUUCCGUUUGUUCCCACCAACCCAACCGGCGGGCCAACUUUGCGUGCCUUGGCGGCGGUUGGCUGGUUGGCUGGCUGCACGCUUAAGCCUUUCUUUCUUUGGGUUGAUUGGCGUUCGGGACUGCGUGCAUGCUUGUUUCUCUCUCUUAUCUGCGGUUUGGUCGGUUUGGUCGUUGUCGCUGCCGCUGCAUUGUUUUUUCUGCUUGUGGUGUUGUUUGUUUGUUGUCCCUUCCCCACACGCACACAUCAUCAUCGCACAGCUGUGUUGUGGUGUUGUGUUGUGUGUUUGGCACUUGCGUGUUUUCCCUUUUCGUGUUGCGUUGUUGUGUCGUUGGCCUGGUUUUCUUUUUUGUGUUCUGCCUUCAAUCCCACCAGGCACGCACACGCACGCACGCACACGGCACACCGCGCAUACCUCUCUCCUUGCUGUGGGUAGGUCCCACUCACAUCACAUGAUUGCUUCCGCGUCAGCGAUCGUUUGGGUACCAUCACAUCACUCCACACGCGCGCUCCGGCGUCCCAACUCUCUCAGCCGUCAGCAGCACUGCCGCGCAUCUGUUUCUCUUACCCCACCACACCACACCACACACACACACAAGCACACACAAACACAUACAUCCAUCCACUUGAUGAGCUGUCUGGCACAGCAGCAGUGAAUCUGAAUAGCUUGCGUGCUUUUGUGUGACUUCCCUUCUUCUGUUUUGCCUCCCACAGCUAGCAGCUGUCGAGGUUGUCGCUCGCUGGUUUUACGACGUGCUUGGGGUGCCUUUUGCCUUUCUCUUCUCUUCUCUUCUCUUCUUGUUAGGCUUGCUUUUGCUCGCUUCAUCUCAGUGUUCCUGUGUUUCGAUUGUUCCUUUUGCUUCUCCUCUUCUUCGUUAGUCUUGCAGCCUUCCUCCCUCUCUCUUGCUUCUGUCCACUGGCGUCCUUGCUUCCUGAGUGACGUGAGUGAAGUGCAGGUGAACAGGCAACAACAACAACACUUGACGUCUUGACGUUGCGAUUGGUCUUCUGCUUUGCUUUCUUCAUUCAUUGUGUCUCUGGCAAGACGCGUGUGACGUGUGUGAUUUUGUUUGUGAUUUGAAGAUCGACCCCAUCAACAUGGACAGCCAUCAGACACCGCAGCAACAAGUGCAGCAGCAGGUGCAGCAACAAGUGCAGCAGCAGGUGCAGCAACAGCACAACAUGCAACAACAACAGGUGCAGCAACAGCAGCAGCAGCAGCAGCCAUCCGCUGACAAGCCACCACCGUCCGCAGCGCGCGAUGACACAGAGCAAAUGCACAUCAAGUUCCUGGCCACCAACGGCCAAUGUGGGAUGCUGAUUGGACGCGGCGGUGCCACCAUCAAGGACCUGCAGGACAGCACACACUCGUACAUCAAAAUCUCCCACAACUCCGAACUGUACCCAGGCACAGCAGACCGCCUUGUUUCCGUGCAGGCACGGCCACAGCACCUCCUCAACGCCCUUCUGGCCAUCUUGGAGUGCGCAAACGCCCGCAGCGACCCACAGCAGCAAGGUGCCGGGUCUACAACCCCAGGCACACCCCAGAACAGCAACCACCAGCAGGCGCAGGAUCAGGCGCAGGAUCAGGUGCAGCAGCAGCAGCAGCAACAGGGCCCACGGUCCAUUUCUGUGAAACUGGUGAUCCCUGUGGUGGCCGCUGGCCUGAUCUUGGGCCGUGGCGGUGAAACCAUUCGCACCAUGCAGACCGAAUGCGAUGCCUACAUCCACAUGUCCCAGCGCCACGAAGUGCCGCCGGCGCUGCAGGAGCGCAUUGUCACCAUCAACUGCACCGAUGGUGGCAUGCCUGUCAGAGCCAUCACACGCAUCAUGCAGACGCUGCUUGACAACCCUGCCGUGUUCUUCUACGUGCACACCGACUUUCGGUAUCUUCGACAGCCAUUUAUGACUUCUGCACAUGGCCGUGCAUACAUGCAGCAGCAACAGCAGCAGCAGCAGCAGCAUCCACAGCAACAGCAUCGCCCCCAGGGCCGCUUGCCUCACCCUCAACACCUUCCCAUGCAACAUCAACAGCACGUUCACCCUGCCCAUGCAAGGCACCAGCCUUCCCGCGUCCACCCCCAGGCUGGACAGCACUACUUCCGUCCGCCACCGCCGCCACACGCACACGCGCCCCACGCACACGCCCACGCUGCCCACACGGCUCACCAUGCACGCACCAGCCCCGCACCCGCCUUCUUCCAAAACCACCCUCACCACCACCCUCACCACCACCACCACCCCACGUUCCCGCACUCCCCUGCCACCUAUGGCAACCCCACGGCAACAGCAGCCCACGACUUUGCGUCCUUCCCCUCGCAGGGGCUUCCGCCACAGCCCUUUGCGGCAGCCCAUUUCCGGCAGUUUGUGCCGGGCCAGGCGACCAGCCAGGUGCCUCUCUCCUCUCCAAUCGAUGAUGGGUCAUCGGGCAUGCUCAUGGACCCAAACAACCUCCACGACAUGAUGCGUCAGCAGCACCAGGUUGCGCCGGAGUACGAUUACAUGCCGCAAUCGCCAACGCACAUGGUGUCGUUCUCGACAUACUCGACAGCGCAGCACUAUGCCCCCCAUGACACCACGGGCCUGGAGCAAGGGAUUGGCAACCUCUCGCUGGCUCAGUGAUGCACUCAGUGUCCUGUGUCUGUGCAGUCCAUCUGUGCAGUCUGUGCAAGUGUGGUACAACAGCCGAGCAGUCAACACGCGCGGCCGUCUCAGUCGUGUUGUGAAUUCUGACCGACCUUCCUUCUCUGAUUGGGCUCUUCAUCGAACCAGUGCACUUCAAGACGCCACUGUCAUGUCUGCAAACACGCCCGUUUUCUUCCAUUUUCCCCUUCUUUCUUGCCCACCUCAUCCAUAGCCGUCGUCCAUACUUGGAUUGGAUUGGGGCCAUACUCAGAUACGCUGGCCACCGCAUCGACUUGUUGUUGUCCGUGGCUGUGCUGUGCUGGCUGUUCCGUCCAUGUGUGACGAUGGCGGGGUGGACCCAACAUCAUCUCACUUAGACUCAGCUACCACCCUCUUCGCCCUAGCAUCCUCUCUGUAGUCCUCAGGUCAUUGUCACGACCCCUCGCCUUUUCGCCGUCCUACCUUAGCUGCACUACGCACCCCGUGGUGGCGCCAUAACCGAUCAUUGUCAUUCCCUUUCUUUGUCUUCCUCAUAUGUCUGCUGUGCUGUGCUGUGCGUGCGUGCGUGUGUGCGUGUGCUGAGAGUGUUUGUCGUGUGUUGUGUGAGUGCUGAGAGUGUUUGUCGUGUGCGGUGUGUGUGUGUGUGUGCUGAGAAGAGUGCUCAUCGUAUUGUAGCUGCUACUGUGUUGUAUUCAUUGCCAGCCCUCCAAUAUCAGUCAUUAUCCUAUCGCCUUGACCAUCGUCCCUCCGCUUUGUCGUGCCUUACAUAUUUCGCCCAGCUCUUCGCUCCCUCCUCCCUCUCCCUGUCCCUGUCUGUUUGUGUCCUUGUGUCGGCGCUUCUUGUGCUCGUGCGGUGUGGCUGCAUUCGACUUGUUUGUCGUGGGUUUGUGCUCCAACCGAAAUGAAAACGGGAAGUGCCAAUACACGGCGACUGAGCGA